AUGCGCGGUCCAGUCGGCGUCGUCGGUCGUGGUGGUGCCCCGCAAAAUCGAGCCACGCCUACGCCUGCCCGACCGACCAUCCGCCCAACUUUUUCUUGCACCGGCAAACCCGACCGACGUCGCCUCCCUCCUCAAUUCUGCCUCUCUUCACUCUCGACCCUCUCUCCGCGCGGCUGCUGGAAUCCUCUCCUCGCUCCCUUUGCUGCCGUCGCCGCUGCCCCCGCAAAAGAUCCCAACGCCCAGGCCAAGCGGAGCCAAGCUCGAUCCCGCCUUGUCCAUCCCCCGCCGCCGACCUUUCUCUUCCCAACGCCAUCCGGAUCCACGGCCGAAAUGCUGCUCCACUCUCGAUCCGGCGCCUCGACGUCGCGCCGUCUGCUCUCCUCGGCGGCCACGGCGGGACAGCGACACAGCGUCCGCACUCUGACCCAGGCCUCUCGCACUCAGCACGCGCAACCACAGCACCAGCAGCAGCGGCAGGAACAACAACAACAACUCGCCCGAUCUCGUCUUCAGACCCCAUCGAGCAGCAGGACGACAUGGCCUGCCUCGGCAGCAUCGGCAAGGCGGGCGUUUGCAACCACACCGCGCCGCCGCCAGCCGACGCGAAAGACCGAGACCAAGCCCUACCUGCUCGCAGACGUCGGCGAGGGCAUCACCGAGUGCGAGGUCGUCAAGUGGUUCAUCAAGGCCGGCGAGACGGUUCAGGAGUUCGACCCCAUCUGCGAGGUGCAGUCGGACAAGGCGUCCGUCGAGAUCACCUCGCGCUACGCCGGAGUCGUCACCAAACUCAUGUACGGCGAGGGCGACGUGGCGAGGGUUGGCACGCCGCUGUGCGAGAUCGAGGUCGAGUCCGAGGUCGAAGACGAUGUCGGCGCCGCCGCGCCCUCUCAGGGCUCCACCCCGCCCGAGGCCGAGUCUGGGCAGCUCAAGGGCGAGGCGCAGCAACCGACCAACGACAGCCAGGUCGGCGAGAAGAAGGUCGAGCUCGAAGGCUUCAUCGCCACGCCGCCGAGCCAGAAGAGGGACAAGGGCGAGAUCCUGGCCACGCCGGCCGUGAGGAGGGUGUCGCGAGAGCACAACAUCGACCUCGCCGACGUCCAGGGCACGGGCAGGGACGGGCGGAUCACCAAGGAGGACGUGCUUAGGUUCAUCGAGAACCCCAGUCCGGCGAGCAGCAAGGGUCCGGCACCAUCGGCGGCCCCAUCGUCUUCGUCCGCAUCGGCGCCAUCCGCGCCGGCUUCCGAGACGCAAGUCGAGGACCUCUCGCCCGUGCGCCGCGCCAUGUUCCGCGCCAUGACUUCGACGCUCGCGGUCCCCCACUUUGCCUACUCGGACGAGGUCGAUGUGACGGCGCUCGAGUCGAUCCGCCAGCAGCUCUCGGACGUCAUCCCCGCCAAGUACCGCAAGACGCUCCCGGCGGCCUCGGCGGGCACCGACGUGGAGCGGGCGCUCUCGCUCGCCCUCGACGAGCACCCGCUCUUCCGCUCGACGCUCUCGCUGCCCGCCGACGCGGCCGGCAUGGACGCCAAGGCCGUCUCGAGCGCCGCCAAGCUGCACCGCCGCGCCUCGCACGACAUCUCGAUUGCCCUCUCGUCGCGCGUCGGCCUGCUCACGCCCUGCCUGCCCGGCGUGGACCGCCAGAGCGUGUUCGACAUCGCCGCCUCGGUGACGCGCCUCCAGACGCUCUCGGCAUCGCGGAGCGGGCUGAGCCCGUCGGACCUGCGGGCGACGGGCACGGUGACGCUGUCCAACAUCGGCACCGUCGGGGGCACCUACACGCACCCGCUCAUCCCGCCCACGGGCCAGCUGGCCAUCGGAGCCAUGGGGAGGUCGCGGCACCAGCCGCGGUUCGCGUCGGACGUGCCCGGGUACAAGAAGGGUUCGCUGUCGCCCGAGGAAGAGGACCGCAUCGUCAAGCGCCUCAUCAUGCCCGUCAGCUUCACGGGCGACCACCGCGUGCUCGAGGGCGUCGAGCUCGCCCGCUUCGUCGGCAGGUGGAAGCAGCUCGUCGAGAGGCCCGACCUCUGGUUCGGCCUGCUCAAGUGA